AUGGCUGUGUCGGAGAGCCAGCUGAGCAAGUAUAAGUACUGAGACCUAACUGUACGGGAAACUGUCAGUGUUAUUACACUGUACAAAGAUCUCAAACCUGUAUUGGAUUCUUAUGUCUUUAAUGAUGGCAAUUCUAGGGAGCUAAUGAGCCUUACUGGAACAAUUCCUGUGCCUUACAGAGGUAACACAUACAAUAUCCCAAUAUGCCUGUGGCUGCUGGACACAUAUCUGUAUAAUCCCCCUAUCUGUUCUGUUAAGCCUACUAGUUCAAUGACCAUUAAAACAGGGAAGCAUGUUGAUGCAGAUGGAAAGAUCUAUCUUCCUUAUUUACAUGAAUGGAAGCAUCCACACUCUGACUUAUUGGGUCUGAUUCAAGUAAUGAUUCUGGUGUUUGGAGAGGAGUCUCCAGUGUUUUCGGGUCCUACUGUUUCAGCAUCCUAUCCACCAUACCAAGCAAGAGGACCACCAAAUACUUCCUAUAUGCUAGGUAAGCCAAGUGGAAUGACUCCAUACCCACCUGGACACCCUCCCAAUCCCAGUGGUUUCCCAAGUUAUCCUUACCCACCAGGUGGACAGUACCCUCCAACAAGUUCACAAUACCCUUCCCAACCUCCUGUGACCAUUGUUGGGCCCAGCAGGGAUGGCACAAUCAGUGAGGACACUAUCCGAGCAUCUCUCAUUUCAGCAGUUAGUGACAAGUUGAGAUGGCGAAUGAAAGAGGAAAUAGAUUGUGUCCACGCAGAGCUCAGUGCCUUAAAGCGUACAGAGGAGGACCUGAAAAAAGGUCACCAGAAUCUGGAAGAGAUGGUAACCCGCUUGGAUCAGGAAGUGGCUGAAGUUGAUAAAAACAUUGAAUUACUGAAAAAGAAGGAUGAAGAGCUGAGUUCUGCUUUGCAGAAAAUGGAAAAUCAGUCUGAAAACAAUGACAUUGAUGAAGUUAUCAUUCCCACAGCCCCACUCUACAGACAGAUCCUGAAUUUGUAUGCAGAAGAAAAUGCAAUUGAGGAUACCAUCUUUUACCUGGAGGAAGCCUUAAGAAGGGGAGUGAUAGACCUAGAUGUCUUUCUGAAGCAUGUUCGACUUCUAUCCCAGAAACAGUUUCAGCUAAGGGCAUUAAUGCAGAAAACAAGGAAGACUGCAGGUCUCAGUGAUCUCUACUGAAUUCGCAGAU